UGAUUAGAGUCAGAACAUUUUCCGAUUCCCGACCCUUGUCAGGCUCGCUUAGCUCUCUUGGCGUGCCGCACACACAUUUUGGGUCAAAUCUUCAUUUUCACCGCGAGACGCUUUACACCCAGCGACAUUUCAUCGACAAAAGCGCCCAGCUAACGUGUCAAGAUGAGAUACAUUCAUUCCAACGAGACCCUUGACGUGCCGGAGGGUGUCAAGGUCGUCAUCAAGUCGCGCCUUGUGACCGUCGAGGGCCCCCGCGGCAAGCUCAUCAAGGACCUCGCCCAUCUCGCCGUCAACUUCUCCUACCCCAAGAAGGGCCUCAUCAACAUCGAGCUGCACCACGGCGCCCGCAAGAAUAUCGCUACCCUCCGCACAGUCCGCACCCUGAUCAACAACAUGAUCACCGGCGUCACCAAGGGCUUCAAGUACAAGAUGCGCUACGUCUACGCCCAUUUCCCCAUCAACGUCAACGUCAACGAGAACUCCGAGACCGGCCUUUACGAGGUCGAGAUCAGAAACUUUAUCGGCGAGAAGAUCGUCCGCAAGAUUGUCAUGCAGCCGGGUGUCGAGGUCGAGGCUAGCAAGAACCAGAAGGAUGAGCUGCAGUUGUCGGGUAACUCGAUCGAGAACGUGUCUCAGUCUGCGGCUGAUAUCCAGCAAAUGUGCAAAGUGAGGAACAAGGAUAUCCGUAAGUUCCUGGACGGUCUCUACGUGUCGGAGAAGGGCAACGUUGUGGAGGAGGAGUAAAUGCACAGUGUGCUGUCGCGCGUUAAAAAGGGACACACUUUGUUUUUUAUUUCCUGCGGUGUCUUGUUGUAUCCGGGGCGAGAUAUGGGAGCUUUUGUUUCUUGCAUUGUCUAGAGCCAGGGCAACGGUGCUAAUGGAACUUGCAA